UGCCAGUUCGUCUUCUUUCAUGAAGAGGCCUCAAUCUCGUUUUUCAUUAAUUUUAUUAUUGAUUACUUUUACAAUAUCUACGGUUACUAUUUCAAAAUCAUAAAAAUAUAUAACUAUGGUUAAUUGGGACAUAGUUCCAAGUUGGCAGGAUCAUAAUCUAAGUUCAAAUUCAAUUAAUGCUCCAUUAGCACGAACUGCAGUACAAGAAGUUCGUUUAAAUGGAUGGAAUAUACCACCAGAGGAACUUGAACAUGUCCCAGAUCAUUGGCUUUCAUAUCCAGAACCACCGGCAUCUAUACAUUUUAUGUUAGGAAUUUUAUAUACAUUUUUAAUGGUCGCCUCAUUAGUCGGAAAUGGAUUAGUUAUUUGGGUUUUUACAUGUGCAAAAAGUUUAAGAACUGCUUCAAAUAUGUUUGUGGUUAAUUUAGCCAUACUUGAUUUUAUAAUGUUAGCGAAAGCACCGAUAUUUUUAUACAAUUCCUUCUCAAGAGGUUUUGCCUUAGGUCACAUUGGAUGUCAAUUAUUUGCUGUUAUAGGUUCAAUUUCAGGAAUUGGUGGUGGAAUGACAAAUGCUUUUAUUGCAUACGAUCGCUAUAGUGUUAUUACACGCCCGAUGGAUGGUCACUUAUCAAUGCCGAAAGCAAUUUUAAUGAUAACUUUCGUUUGGUUGUAUUGCAUACCAUGGACAGUUAUGCCACUAACCGAAAUUUGGGGAAGAUUUGUACCAGAGGGAUACUUAACAUCAUGUACAUUUGAUUAUAUGACUGAUAAUUUCGAUACAAGAUUAUUUGUUGGAUGUAUAUUUUUCUGCAGCUACGUAAUGCCAAUGACGAUGAUAAUAUAUUUUUACAGUCAAAUUGUAUCACAUGUUUUUGCUCAUGAAAAAACUUUGAGAGAACAAGCGAAAAAAAUGAACGUAGAUUCUUUAAGAUCAAAUCAAGGGCAAAAUAAAGAAACGGCAGAAAUUAGGAUAGCUAAAGCGGCAAUUACAAUUUGCUUCCUUUUUGUAGCUUCUUGGACACCUUAUGGUGUGAUGAGCUUGAUCGGAGCAUUUGGCGAUAAAACCUUGCUUACACCGGGAGUAACGAUGAUUCCAGCAUGUGCAUGUAAACUUGUAGCAUGUAUAGAUCCGUAUGUGUACGCUAUUAGUCAUCCACGAUAUCGUUUGGAAUUACAAAAGAGAUUACCUUGGUUAGCUAUUGAUGAGAAAGAAGAGUCUAAAGAGACACAAUCCACAAAUACGACUUCCGAAAAUGCAGCUCCAACAGCGUAAAAAAAUCACAAGAUUUUAAAUUUAAAAAAUAACGCUUGAUUACGAUUACACAAUACAAAUACAACGCUUAUCUUUUUCUGGAUAAAGAAGAUAAGAUUGCUUAAAAAAAAUUAUUUAUUCUUUGUAGUUUUUUUUGUUAAAGAAUUAAAGUAGCUCCUUUUUUGCAAAGUA